GGGAGUUGUGGUCCGCGGCGGCGGCGAAAGGAGCGGAGCGGAGCGGCGAGGGGCCCCGCACGGCCCGGCCCGGGCAGCAGCAGAGAGCUCUUUGCCCUGCAGCUCCUUCCAGCCUGCAUACCCCUGCCUUCUCCCUGCCCCGUGCAGCAGUUGUCACAUCCAGGAUGUGCAGCCUGGGCCCAGCAUGAGCACAGAUGAACUGGCCUCCCUCCACUGCUGCUUGUCAGGAUCAUGGGCCCAGAAGCCCCGGUGGGGACCCCUGGGGCACGUCACAGCUGACCUGUGGCACCGGGACCCCCGGGCAGCCCUGCCAGCCUCCCUCCUCCCCCUGAUGCAGAGCCCCCGGGCGCAGAGGGACGAGCCGCAGCUCCGCUUCCCCAUGGCAGCCUCUUCCCCCCGUGCCCCGUCCCAGCUGCAUGGUGUGGGUGCCCCUGAGGAGCACCAGGACUGACCCCCCGUGCACACCCGCCGCCCACACCGCCGCCACCGCCAUGUCCGUGGAGUGGCUGACGGGCUGGAGCUGCUCCCUGGAUGGGCUCCGGGAUUUCAUCGCCACCGGCAUCCAAUCUUUCCGGGACUGCGAUGCCGGCGCCCUGGCUGCCGUCGCCUGCCUCCUGCUCCUCUUUGUCUGGUACUGCUACCACGUGGGCCGGGAGCAGCCCCGCGCCUACGCCGGCGUCAACGCCCUGAUGCAGGGCGCCGAGGCCAACGGGGUGCAGAACGGGUACGUCUACUGCCACUCCCCCGACUGCCUGCGCUGCGCCCACCACGACGGGCUCAACCAGAAACUCUACCACAACCUGCAGGAGUACGCCAAGCGCUACUCCUGGUCGGGGAUGGGCAGGAUCCACAAGGGCAUCCGGGAGCAGGGCCGGUACCUCAACAGCCGCCCGUCCAUCCAGAAGCCGGAAGUCUUCUUCUUGCCCGACUUGCCCACCACUCCCUAUUUCUCCCGGGACGCUCAAAAGCACGACGUGGAGUUGCUGGAGCGCAACUUCCAGACCAUCCUCUGCGAGUUUGAGACCCUCUACAAAGCUUUCUCAAACUGCAGCCUCCCGCAAGGAUGGAAAAUGAACAGCACGCCCAGCGGGGAGUGGUUCACCUUCUACCUGGUGAACCAGGGCAUGUGCGUGCCCAGGAACUGCAGGAGAUGCCCACGGACGUACCGCUUGCUCGGGAGCCUCCGCACCUGCAUCGGCAACAACGUCUUUGGCAACGCCUGCAUCUCGGUGCUCAGCCCCGGCACCGUCAUCGCCGAGCACUACGGCCCCACCAACAUCCGCAUCCGCUGCCACCUCGGUCUGAAGACCCCCAGCAACUGUGAGCUGGUGGUGGGGGGUGAGCCCCAGUGCUGGGCUGAGGGUCGCUGCCUGCUCUUUGAUGACUCCUUCCUGCACACAGCGUUUCAUGAAGGUCCUCCAGAGGAGGGUCCCCGCGUGGUCUUCAUGGUGGACCUGUGGCACCCCAACGUGGCCGCUGCCGAGCGCCAGGCCCUCGACUUCAUCUUUGCCCCAGGACGAUGACGGCGCUGCCCGGCCCGGUGGGUUCCCGGGCGGCGGUGCCGGUUCUGCCGCGGGUCCAGCACAGCUGCCGGACACGCUGGGAGCUUCCCCCCAGCACACGGCCUCGGGGUCCUCCCUCCUCCCCCCCGCUCCCUCCCUCCUUCCCGGGGGGGGUUCUUGUAAAUGGAAACCGCGUCGUGUUCUCCACCCCCCGCUCUCCCCGCCCAGCGCUGGCUUCAGGGAUUGUUUUCCACCGGGGCAGCGCAGAGCAGAGCAUCCCACCCCUUCCCCCCCCGUGGUGACCUGCAGCCCCCCUUUGUACCUGUUCUGUGGCUACUGUGUUUUUCGCGGUGUUCUGAAGUAGAGUAACAAGACCAAGGGUGUUUGUUUGAAUGUGAUAAUGUAAAAUUCCUCGCGGUCAUCAAACCCACCCCCACACCCACCCCCCAAACCAGCCAGACUGCCCUGCACGGAGCUCAGCCUGCCCCGGGUGGAUGGACAGAGGGAUGCUGAGGGCUGCAGCGGGCAGGGGAUGCUCGGGCUGGGGCAGACAGGGCUCUGCCCACAGAGAGCUCUUGCCACAAGCCCAAGGCUCCUGCCUCCUCCCUCCCAUGCCAGCAGGACCCUUGCCCACAGCUGCCCGGCCCUCCUGCCCCCAGAAACCAUUCUGCCACAUGUGCACAGGGAGCAGAGCACGAUGCCAGCCCCCCUGAUGCCCUGCCAGCCCAGAAGUGCACAGACACACACCCCAUCCAGGCACACACCUCAGCAAGGGAGGGCUCAAUCACCCAGAUCCCCUCCUGGCUUUAUCUGCAGCCUUUGGUUUCCACAGCAGAGCCUGGGAAGCCCCUGCAGGGGCAGAAACACUUUGGGAAUGCAGGGCAGGGCUUUUGUUCAUCCCUAGGAAAAGGCCAGGGGGAAAAGGGAGCUCACACUUCCUUCUGCUGCUCCAUCUCCUCCUUUCCUGCAGCCAGGGUGAGGGUGCAGCACCAGCUCACUGCACCUCACAGCAUUCCAACGAGAAGGGUUUGGUUAACUCCACAGCACAAGGAAUGAGCCCUUCACCCCCCAGGGACCCUCCCAGCAACCCACACACGUGUCUUGAAGCUUCCCAGCACCCAGGGGGGUCAGGACAUGUCCCCCAUGAAGCACAGCCUGUCACUGGGGGGUCACCUCUGCCCUCUGCACCCUACCCAGGGGGGUGCCCAGCCCCACUCUCCUACAGUUUCUUUACAGAUUUUUUUUCAGUGGUUAGAUUGCAAGAUAAAGGCAGAUUUCCAAUACAUCCGGGAUUUUUUUACACCUGUCUUGUUACAGAAUAUCUGAAGUGCAUGAUUUCUACAGGCCUUGGCUACCUGGGAGCAGCCCCGAGGAAGCAGGCUGGCUUGGUAACUGUCCUGGGGUUUGGUACCAUUCAUACAGUGGAUAAGCAGAGAUUAUCAAUAAACAGUUGUGC